AUGCUGACAACCUUGUGGCUGCUUAGCCUUUUUCUCCCUGUUCUGUGUGCCCAGCUAUUAGUCACCUGUGCCUAUAAGAGUCUCUGCCAGCAGGCCCUGCUCUCGGGCAAUGAUGUUGUCCUGCAGUGUGACCAUCUCAAGGCAUCCUGGUACUUCUCUUCCUUUCAGGGGGAAGAUCCCUUUUUGGUCUCCUCACUGCCUAACAUAAAGAAACUGCCUGGGGGCAGCCUCCAACUGAACAAACCUCAGCCCUCCCAGACAGGCCUCUAUCGCUGUGAGGACAGUAACACAGCCCUUGUGGUAGAAUAUGAGAUAGAUUUCCAAGAUGUCACCACGCUACAUAUUACCCACAAAGGACUAGGCCAAAACCCUCUGCAGAAUCAGAGCCUGAGUCUGGGUAGACAGGAGAUCAUCUUCACCCACUGGGAGCCCUGGCAGGACUGUAACCGCUGUGGGGUGCCAGGUGAACGCAAACGCCUGGGGUACUGCUACAUCCAAGAGUCCCUGGAAAGCCCGAUGCCCUGCUGGCUCUAUCUGGGAGAUGUGAGGCUGUGGUCCAGCCGCUUGCAGCCUGAGAUGCAGGUGGAAACCUGCCACAUCCCAUGUACACUCAUAGAUAUGAAAUAUAUCAUUUUUGACAACUUCCAGCUUAGAAACAAAAUGGGAUCUGCGUGGCUCACCUGCCCCUUAGGAUCUAUCUACAGGCCCGUAUUCUGGGAAGCGAACAACCUCUCCCUAACCUGGAAGGACCAGCUCUCCGGCAAGAGCAUCAGCACCAUCAUGGACACCUCCAACGGUGGCAGCUGGCUGCAGGUCUUCCAGCCGGCCACUUACAGGUGCUUCGUGCAGCAAGAGCUCACAGCUCAAUUCAACUCCCAGAGCAAUGUGGAUCCACUGAAGUUUCUAAGCCCAGGAAAGUCUGAAGAACAACCAGAGGCAAAGGAGAGCCGGAGAGAAAAAGCCAGCUCUGUCCUUAAGGGGCUGAGCGUGAUGAUGCUCGUGGGCACGGUCUUGACUCUGCUGGGGUGUCUGCUCAAACAAUUCCGCUUUUCCCGGAGCUGGGAGAGAAACAAGAUGUUGUUGGUGAAAUAA